AUGGGCAUGAUCAGAAUUGAGCUCGUGAUAGGUGAUUUAAGGUCCAACACCUUAUUUCGCGUGAUUGAUGCCAAGACUUCCUACAAUCUUCUCUUAGGAAGGCCGUGGGUUCAUGAAAAUGGGAUAGUGCCUUCAACUUUUCAUCAAUGUUUCAAAUUUUACAGAGGUGGAGUAAAGAAAAUCUUGGGUGAUGUCAAACCAUUUACCGAAGCAGAGUCUUAUUUCGCCAAUGCCAAGUUUUACAUGGAUGAAGACAUGGUAUCUGAAGUUAUUCCCGUUGAGGUCCCCUCGACAGGCAAGGCCAUACCAAGAAAAGAUGAGCAAUCAAAAUGCCUUUCCACUUAA